UUCCACUCUCUCAGCCAUCACUCCCACAACCAAAAGAGCAGCAGCAAAGCAGCUUCGAGUCCUUUAGGUCCAUUGAUGGCGGCCUCAGCGACAAUCCAACGGUCAGCAUUCGCCGGGCUGACUGCGCUGAAGCCGCAGAAUGAGCUCAUCAGGAAGGUCGGUACAUUCGACGGUCGGAUCUCAAUGCGCCGGACUGUGAAGAGUGCUCCCCAGAGCAUCUGGUACGGUCCAGAUCGUCCGAAAUACUUAGGCCCAUUCUCCGAGCAGACUCCAUCAUAUCUGACCGGUGAAUUCCCUGGCGACUACGGUUGGGACACUGCAGGCCUUUCAGCAGACCCUGAGACCUUCGCCAAGAACCGUGAACUUGAGGUGAUCCACUGCAGGUGGGCCAUGCUCGGUGCAUUGGGCUGUGUUUUCCCUGAGAUCCUUUCCAAGAACGGUGUGAAAUUCGGCGAAGCCGUAUGGUUUAAGGCCGGGUCCCAGAUCUUCUCCGAGGGUGGACUCGAUUACCUGGGAAACCCGAAUCUCAUCCAUGCCCAGAGCAUCCUAGCCAUCUGGGCCUGCCAGGUAGUUCUCAUGGGCUUUAUUGAGGGAUAUCGAGUUGGUGGUGGCCCACUCGGUGAGGGUCUGGAUGCAAUCUAUCCUGGUGGAGCAUUUGAUCCGCUCGGAUUGGCCGAUGAUCCUGAGGCAUUUGCUGAAUUGAAGGUGAAGGAGAUCAAGAACGGACGGUUGGCGAUGUUCUCUAUGUUUGGAUUCUUUGUACAGGCGAUCGUGACCGGUAAAGGCCCGAUCGAGAACCUUUUUGAUCAUUUGGCGGAUCCUGUGGCUAACAAUGCAUGGGCCUAUGCUACUAAUUUCGUUCCAGGGAAGUGAUUGGAUUUUCAUGCUGUUCACAGCUGUAUUAUGAUGGAGGGCUUGGAUUUGUUUGGAUCUAUGGCUGUGGAUCUGUAGUUUGAUGGGGAAAAAUGUAGUUUUACUAUAGAAUUUUUAUCCAAACUACGUGA